CGGAAACACUCUCCGAGCAGUCGAUGCUCAUGCUUUACACUGAUGUUAUAAUGCAGUUUGUGUCGCUACAAACUAUUUAAUUUCGGGAAUUUGGAUGGAUGAAAUUCCCUUUACAGAGUUUUAAAUGAUUUUCGUGGCUUCGUGCUCCUCUAUAAACCAGAAUGGGUAAAAAGAAGGGGAAAGACAGAAGUCCUCGAGCAGACAGAAGUCCUGAGACAGCAGGAGUGUCCUGCGCUCACAUCCGUAAAGGAAUAGAGCAUAACUUACUGAAGAAAGCCGGUCUGGAUGAGCACUGGAGCUCGUGUCAGGACUGUGAGCCAGACAAACCUGUUGAAAAGCAGAUUUUAGAAGAUGAACCUGACAGAGAAAGUCCAGCUGUGUGGAUGUGCCUGAAAUGUGGCCACAGAGGCUGCGGGAGAUCAGAGAAUCAGCAUGCGAUCAAGCACUACGAGACGCCUCGAUCCGAGCCACACUGUUUAGUGCUCAGUCUGGACGUCUGGAGCGUCUGGUGUUACAUCUGUGAUGAUGAAGUUCAGUAUUCCAGCACGGGGAAGCUGGCACAGCUGAUCACAAACAUAAGAAAAGAAGUGCUGACGGAUCCUAGCAAGAGGAACUCCAACAGAAAAAGUAAGAAGGAAGAGAGCGUAGUGACGAAUCCUGCAGAUCAAGCGCUGGAAGAAGAGAAAGAGAUCAAGGAGAAGCAAAAGAGCAGCUCAAAUCAUGAUGAGAGUCCCAGAAGACAGAAAGCAGCAUCCGCAGGAAGCUCUGGUGUCGUGAGCAUCAGGGGUCUCAGUAAUCUGGGCAACACAUGCUUCUUCAAUGCAGUCGUGCAGAAUUUAUCACAGACGCAGGUUUUACGAGAACUGCUGAACCAGAUCACAGAUGAGAAGAACUGCUUCACCAUAACUCCUGCCCUGUCAUCUGAGCUGGAUCCUCUUCAGAUCCAGCUGGAAAGGCCCGGGUCGCUCACGCUGGCAAUGUGUCAGCUACUGAAUGAAAUCCAGGAGACCAAGAAAGGUGUGGUGACCCCGAAAGAACUCUUCACACAAGUGUGUAAAAAAGCUCCACGAUUUAAAGGCUUCCAGCAGCAGGACAGUCAGGAGCUUCUGCGCUACCUUCUGGACGGCAUGAGAGCAGAAGAAGUCAAAAGAGUUAAUUCUGGAAUUAUGGAGGCUUUGAAAAACUCUGGCAAAAGCUUAGAAGCUGAGCAGAUGAAGAAGGUUAUUAAAGAGUACGAGAAAAACGGUGCACCCAAGAACUUUGUGGACCGAGUGUUUGGUGGACAGAUGAGCAGCACAUUGAUGUGUAAAGAGUGCAGAACUGUGUCUCUGGUGACAGAGAUGUUUCUGGAUCUUUCUCUUCCUGUAGCUGAUGAGGCUUACAGGAAGAAGAACCAGAAGAAGGUCACUCAGUAUCACAGCAGUGUCAGUGAUGAUCGAGACGGAGAAAACACAGCAUCCCUGGCCAAUGGGAAUGAAGACAUGCCUACAGGAACAGGAAGCAAGUACCAGCAGAAGAAAGCCAAGAAACAGGCCAAGAAACAAGCCAAGGGUCAGAGACGUCAGCAGAAACUGGACAGUAAGGUUAGUCUUGACUCUCUGACCAAUCAGAGCACAGCUAGCAGCUCCGAUCCAGCAGACUCCUCCAAUCAGAGUCUAUCAGUAAAUGGCAGCGCUGAUGCAGAGUCAGGCAAAAACAUCCAGGAGUGUUCGAACCUUGAGAAACCUCCUGCAUGCUCACAAAAUGAGGUUGAACAUGACGAGGAACCCGAGCAAGAACCUGCUACUUCUGUCAACAACCGCUUCACUGCCUUAUCUGAAGACCGGACCCCUGAAGACCAGACCACUGAGGACCAGACCACUGAAGACGUGUCUUUGGAGGGAGAAGAAACAGAAGAUGUGAAUGCAACUGAGAAAGAGAACGGUGAAGACCAGCUUUGUGAUGAAGAGGAUCAGUUAGUAGAAGAACUGAAUGCUAUGUCACUAAAAACAACUGGAGACGAGGCCUCGUGUGACGCUAAAGAAUACACAGUAGUGAAUCAGGACCCGGAGCUGGCCUUUCAGUCCCUGGCCAGCAGGACGGCGCCAGAGAAGCAGGAGUGUUCAGUGGAGUCCUGUCUGUAUCAGUUCACUGAGGUGGAACAGCUGAUGGAGAACAACAGGCUGAUGUGUGUCACCUGCACUAAACGCCAGUCUGGACAUAAAGCCGAAGACGGUUGUAAGAAAGCUGUUUACAGAGAUGCCCUGAAGCAGAUGCUGAUCUCUGAUCCUCCAGCGGUUCUCACGCUCCACCUGAAGAGAUUCCAGCAGGUUGGAUACAGUGUUUGUAAGGUGAACAGACAUGUGCGGUUUCCUCAGAUCCUGGAUCUCGCUCCAUUCUGCUCUUUAAGCUGCAAGGGAGUGAAGGAGGACGAGAGGCGAGUGCUGUAUAGUCUUUAUGGGAUAGUGGAGCAUAGCGGCACCAUGCGCUCUGGACAUUACACCGCUUACGUCAAAUCAAGACCUUCAACACUCAAUCAUGUAGAAAACGGCCUCGAUGCUGGUUCAGGUCACGCCGAGGCCAGUAACGGAUCGUGGUUUCAUGUUAGUGACAGCAGUGUUCAUCCGGUUCCAGAGGCCAAAGUGCAGAGUUCCCAAGCCUACCUCCUGUUCUACGAGAAGAUCUCAUAACUCACAUGAGGAACGGUCUUCAAAACAAAGGGCUGCUGCUUCAUUCAGACUCGACUGCUGCUGGGAAAUCCUCCAAAUCAAUUGAAAACUUGAAUCAAAGUCCUUUAUAUGAGCAUCAUCUUUUUUUUUCUUCUUUUUCUUUCUGUUAUCAGCUGCUGUUCAUGGGAAAGUUUUCAUUCAUCCAAACAAGAUGCAGAACUUACUUGGAAUUAAUUUUUUUAACCUGAAGUUAAUAAUUUUCAGUGGUGAUGAUUCCAAAGCGAUGAAAUAUUUAUCUUACCUCUAGAUCAUGAUGGGAUGGUGUGAUGAAGCUGUGGUGCGGUUGUUUUCCUCAUACAGUGUUUCUCAAAGAGUCUGUUUAAGAGCAUCCUUCAAUCUUCCUGGACUGAUUUUGCAUGAAUCUCAUAAGGAAUAGUCAUAUUCCACCCCAAAAUGAAUGCUAUAUAUAUUUUAUUCUCAUUGUUAUAAAAAUGAUUUAUUUAUCUGUUUAGUAAAUUAUUAUUGUCUUAAGAAUGGGCUUAAUUUUAUAUAUGUAAAAUAAAAUAAAAGAUUUUCCUUUUUAUUUUGGGGUGAAAUAUGACCAAUAUUAUUUAACAGAGACUCAUCCUUUUUAGUUCUGAAAUAUAAAACUAGACUGUAAUAUAUAUUGGUACAAUUUUAUAUUGCAAUACAUCCUGUGCUGUCCUCAAUAUAAUGGCACAGGUUUGUUUUCUAACAUUUUAAAAAUGCUUAAGAUAAAUAAUAAAUAAAACUGACAAUUUUCACUUCUCAAAACAAGCGUCUCUUGUCAAAACAAUACUUUGUGUUGUGCAUUGAGUUCAAGGAAACAGUAUAUUAUUGGGCGGCACUGUUUACUGUGCAAUAAUAGAAAUGUAUUAUAACAAUAACUUCCUCAGGGGCGCAA